GAGCGCUAUUCCGAGGCCGAGCUUCGAAAGGCACUGUCGGACAGCCUCGUCGACAGAAAGAUCGAUGCCAUGAAGCGAAUUCUAGCAGCCGUCUCCGUGGGCCGAGAUGCACAUGCGCUCUUUCCAGACGUGGUCAAGAACGUCUCAUUCCAGUCUCCCGAGCUCAAGAAGCUCGUGUACAUUUACCUCGUGCAGUACGCGGAGAACAACCGAGACCUGACUCUCUUAGCCAUCAACAGCUUCCAGAAGGAUCUGUCCGACCGCUCACAGCAGGUGCGGGCCUCCGCUUUGCGGGCCAUGGCCUCCAUCAAGGUCCUGGAGGUGAUUCAAGUCGUCAUGGGCGCAGUCACCACCGCCGCCAGCGACAGCUCACCAUAUGUUCGCAAGACCGCGGCGCAGUGCAUGACGAAGGUUUAUGGCGUCGACGCCGAUCAGUUUCUAGAGCUCAGGAAGCUUCUCCUGAAGCUCAUGAACGAUCCAGAGGUGCAGGUCGUCGGAAGUGCUGUCAUGGCUUUUCGCCAGAUCUGCGUGGUGCAGCCGCCGAAGCCUCCUGCCGAGGCACAAUGCCCAUGGGGUCACCAGUUGUUGGCGAGGGAAGUGGAGAAGGCCGCCGGAGACGACGGCAAGACAGGAGCCACUUCAGACCAGGCUCGUCAGCAGCUGGAGCUCCUUCAUCCCCUCUACAAGCGGUUGGUUCAGAAUAUGCUCCUCAUGGAUGCCUGGGCGCAGCAGUCCUGCAUCGACAUCCUGAUGAGAUACUCGCGCCUUUUCUUCGCUUCCCCGGAGAAGAAGGCGGAGGAAAGCGAGGAAGGCACCGCCGCUGUCUCCGAGGACUUGAAAGAGCUCCUGAAGAAUUUGAAGCUGCUUCUGCUCUCUUCAAGCAAAGGCGUGACGCUGGCGGCUGCCAUUGCUUUGUGCUACCUUGGCCCAGCCGAGGAGCUCAGCAGUGUCACGAUGCCGCUCAUGCGCUGCCUGCGGCAGGCCACGCCCGAAGCAACCAGCACCCUGCUAGUGGCUCUGGCGCCGCUCAUCGAGGCUCAGCGAGGAGUCUUCCGACCCCUGCUCCGGGAAUUCUUUGUGCAGUCCUUCGAUUCGACCGAAGUGAAGCGUCUGAAGCUCGAGGUCAUUGAGAACCUGGUGGACGAAACGAACGUUCAGUUGGUGCUCCGUGAGCUGCAGGUCUACGUCUCCUGGCACUCGCAACCCGACUUUGUGGCACGCGCGGUGCAGAGCAUCGCCAAGGUUGCCUUGACGAUCGCCUCGGUGGCAGACGCCUGCCUACGUGGUUUGGUCAAAAUGUUGGACUCCAAGUGUGAGGCUCUGUCUUGCGAGGCCGUUGUCUCCCUCCGAGCGCUGCUCCAGCGCCGGCACCGCAGUGAGGACAGCGGGCUCGGUAGUGUCCUGCCGCAUCUGGUGACCUACCUCGAGGACUUGGCUGCACCAACAGCCCGUGCAUCCGUCAUUUGGAUCAUCGGCCACUACCAGCAGGAGGUGGCCCGACUAGUGCCUGAUGUCGUCCGGCGGUUAGCCAAGACCUUCAGCUCCGAACGUCCGGAGGUGAAGCAGCAGAUCCUUGUGCUUGCUCUCAAG